UAUAUAGAUGUGUGUGUAAAUAAACAUGAUUCUGCAUCUAUCAUUCUGCAUUAGUGUAGAAGGUGUUCCGUCAUGAGCUACUAAUAAACAGAUAAAAUAUACGUGUGUUUAGUGAUAUUAGAUUUGGGUCACAUGUCUUUUGUCUUUAUUUAAUGUGCUCAGUGUAGCUGAUUAGCUCCCUCGUGCUUGUUUUGCGCGUUCUCGGCGCGCCCUUUCCGUCACGUGUUCGCUCACGGUCUCGCGAGGUUGCCAGGGGCUACAGAGUGGUUUGUAAACCUUGUUGCUAAGCAACACCAGAAGUUGAGUAGAAAAAGCUUAGCAGCGUUCAAACUACUGCCUAGUAGAAGGAAAAAAAAGUUUUGUGGGCUUGAUAUUCCCUUGUAGCACAUAUCACGUUUUCAGCGUGCUUAAUUAAAAUAACUGGUUAAAAAUGUCAGUAGCUUCUGCGUCUGUUGUGCAGUAUGGCCGGAGAAAAGGGUCAAGUAGAGAAGUCACCUCAGCCGAGGUGAACAAUAAACCGAAUCUGCCCGUAGACCUGCGUGAAGUGACCGUGUUGCCCAAAUCGGAAUGGAGGCGAAUCCAGGAUAGUGUGAAUCGUGUGAACAAACAGCACGAGCGUCUCAUUGCAGCUGCAAGACAGCGUGAGGCCAUGCACCUGCACUCCAAAGAAGUUGUUAAAAACUGGUCUAACACCAUUGCUGGGCAAUGGCAAAAGAAGUUGGAGGCGAAGAAAAUUAGAGAGGAAAUUGAAGAGGAGGAGAGGAAGCAGAUUGACAUAGAGGAAGCAAAGUUUCAAGAGCAGAAAAGAAAGGACGCAAUAGAGAGGGCGAAAACCCUGCAGUACUACCAGAUCGACAGAGUGAAAGGAUUUCAUAGUGCCCUGCUGAUGACUGAGGUCCUGAAAGAGAGGGAGGCCCAGAUUGAGCUGAAGAAAAGAAAAGAGAAAGCCUCUAAAGAUGUUGAUAAAGAGAUCCUGGCUGUGAUCACACGCAAAGAGGCGCUGGCUUUACAGCAGGAGUGGCUGAAAGCCUUGGAGAAGAAGCAAAAGGCUCUGGCGGUUGCUGAGAGUUUGAAACAACAGAUUAAGGAGCAUGAGCAGGCAAGAGAGGAGGAGAUAAUGGAACAGAAGGAAGAGGCAGAGGAUGUCAAGCGAGUCCAUGAGCUCUUUAUUAAGGAACAAACCACACACGAGCAGAAGAAGCAAGAGGAGAAGAGAAACAUCAUGAAGGCUUAUCAAGAACACCUUGCCAACAAGAAAAGCAUCCAAGCAGCUGAGACUGAGAAACAGGAGUCGGAAGAAGAAAGGCGAAAGCUUUUUGUGAAGGCUAAAGGCAAAAUGAUGAAUCUCAGGAAAGAAAAAGAGGCAGAGAUGUUGAGAGAGGUUGAGAGACACAGAGAAGCCGUUUUUGAGAAACUGUCAACAUAUCACCAAGAGCAAACCAAAAACGAAGAAGAGCGGAUCUCCAAGGCAGCUGCAGAAGCUGAGGCCAAGCAGGAUAAACAACAGCGUGAGAAGGAUGAGAAGAAGGCAGCCAUGUUGAAGAGUAUUUCUGAACACAGAGAAGCGGUGCAAAAGGAGUUGGAGUACAAGAAGCAAGAGGAGAAGCAGAAAGCUAUUGAGAUGCUUAAUGCAAAGAAAGCAUCAGAUAUCAUUUUCCUUCAGAAGCAGCUACUCAAGGCCCAGAAAAUGAAAGAGGCAGGCAAAAUGCUACAAGACACUUAUGUCCAACAGAUGGCUGAAAAACAUGCACAGGAGCAGCACAUGAAAAACCAAGAGCAGGAAUUUGAGGCGAAGAAUGCAGAGCUUAUUGCAGAGGAUGAGAAUCAGUUUCAGAAUUAUGCCAAGCAUGUGAUUCAGAAAGCCAGCGAGGCUCAGAGAAACACCUCCCUUCUGCGCAAGGCCACAAAGGAGGGCAUUGGUGGAGGACUUGGGCCUGUGUUUAGAGGCAUUAGACCAAGUUAUCUAGUUCAGGACCAAUCAGGCGUUCAGCUGCCCAGUUAUGCGUGCAGUACUACUCAAGGCAUAAAGGAGCUGAAUGAAACUACUGACUUUCAGAAGUCUAAAAAACGACUGGGAUUUACUUGGUAAUUGUGAGCAGUAUUGCUGAUGUCGUCACAGAAAUAAACAGAACUUACCUUUCAAAUGAAUUCAGCAUCUGAGUGUUCAUUUAUUGCAUGUGUUUUUUUUUUAAUUGUGAUUUUUUUUCAGGCCUUUUCCCUGUUAUGUACGUAUGUACAGUAUGUAUGUAUCUAUGUAUCUAUGUAUCUAUCUGCCUAUCGGAGCAGUUUAUACUUUUCUGUCCUCUAUUGCCUGUAAGGUGAAUUGCAGUUAUAAUGAUAACAUCCCCUAGCCUUCCCCCACUAAUCCCUUCUAAGUUCUCUUUACAGAAAAGGAGCAGAGUUGAACUGCUCAGUUCCAGCUGGGGACAGGAGGUAAAGUAUUUAGGAGUUUUCCUAAAGUAUUUUGAAAAUGCUAGGUUUGUCUAAAAG